AUGACCGAACGAAGGGCAAAAGUUCGUUUCCUGGAGCGGGGCGUUGACAGCCAGCGGGGCCCGCGCAGCAGUGUCCACCGGUUGGGCGAGGAUCUCAAACGCUGCGGUCCAGUGUCGGGCCCGCAGUUUGCACAUCACCUCACGCAGCUGGGAGCAACGCAAGGGACGUUGCGACACAGGCGCAUUUGCGACGGCGAGCGGUCCGGACCUGCAGGCCACCCAAGAUCCGAUUGCAGGGGCUGCGUCGCUCGUCGCUGCUGCAGCGGGCGGCGGGCAAGUGGGAACGGCAGCCGAGUCUGCUUCCGCAGUACUGGUGCCGUCGCUGCGGCGAGCAGCACUGGUGGUCGCGCAGUGCCUCAAACAUCGCUCACUCGUCGUCCGCGGUAUGGAUGGUCGUGCCAUGCCGCUCCACGAGCUGGGGGCGGGUGUGGCGCUGUUGCAAUGGCGGGGCAAACGUCAGUACGGGCGAACAUUCCCGGGGUCACAGCUUCGCGGCAUGGCGGCGCGUUGGAUUGGGCGCUCGGCGUGGAAGUACUCGAAGGGCCGGGGUGGUGA